AUGGCGAUGAAUCUCAUCGGCUUCGUACUGAUACGAUGCGUCUAUGGUGCGCCUACCCUUCCUCUUUAUAUCACUGGUGCUUCGUUGGAUGUGUCCGAAGCUUGUACUCAUAUCCGUAACUGUCGAACCAUGUGGGGACUGGUGUACGGCUGCCUGCUAACUGUAUUUGCUUGUGUAUGGCUAGCCGCCCACCCAAAUGUUCCGGAGCGGCGACGUGCCUCCCAGGAAACUGGAUCAGACCGUAUUGGCUAUGCGAUAGUUUCGCUGAUUUCACCGGAGAUUGUUACUUAUGACGCAUGGGAAGAAUACUUAAAUGCGUCGAGAAUGUCGGAAAAAUGCAAGUUGAUUGAAGGAUGGACACUGACUCAUUCGUAUUUUGUUGUUAUGGGAGGGUUCUUUGACCCAUCCAAAUGUAAACCAGUGAUUCCGGAGAACGAGGACGAUCCCUUGACCUUGUUUAAGCAGUACCGUGGCAUAAUAGAGAAUUCGGGCCCGGGGGAUCAAUGGCGCGUCGUGAUGACAAAGCGACAAAUCCUUGAUAAAAGCAAGUCGGACCUGUUUACCAAGUCCUUCGCGACCAUCCAACUAGUGUGGUUCAUAGCCCAAUAUGUAGGACGAUGGAUCAGCCAUCUACACAGAUCGCAACUUGAAGCGACAGCCCUUGCAUACGCGGUGCUAAACGUUCCGGUAUCCAUGCUGUGGCGGCACAAACCCCUCGACGUUCGGUUCCCGAUCCAUGUGACAAAGGGGCCUCAUCCUUCCACUUCCGGAGCCAAUGGCAAUCAAUCCCCUCCUGAAGUCCUGAAUCGCCGCCCUUCCGCUUCUAUCAGCAAUGGCAAUCAGCCUCCUUCAGCUCCCAUAAGCAAUAACAAUCAGCCUUCUCAAACGGGGGAUGAAGGAUCUCCUGCUUUCCCGAGAGCAAGGGGUAAUGAGGCGCGCGUCGACGGAAUCUUUAUGGUCGCCGGCAUAAUCUUCGGCGGAAUACAUUGUCUUGCAUGGUUUUUCUCCUUCCCAACACGUGUGGAGAUGAUGCUCUGGCGAAUUUCUGCAGUGUACGUUGCAGCAGUCCCGGUCCUCAUUGUAAGCUCAGGAUUACUGGACCGUUACAUCGCCUCUGUUUCAAAAUGGGUGUUCUACAUUGGCGCGUGUUCUUAUGCACUUGCCAGAUUUACCCUCCUUGCUAUUGCAUUUUCUUCCCUCCGUUCUCCCCCUUCAGACCUGUACCGGACCCUUUCUUGGACCUCCUUUAUUCCACAUUUUGGGUAA